GCUAUGCAUUCAAAUAUUACUAUAAAUUGAGACCAAUUAUACAUCAAUUUCUCCAUAAAAUAAAUUUCAAGUAUCAUAGCAAAGUUCUGGGGAAAAAAUGGGUUCUAAGGCAUUUAUUUUCCUUGGCCUUUUUCUAGCCAAUUAUGUAAUGAUAAGCUCUGAGGUUGUAGCAAAAGAGUUGACUGAGACUUCAGAAAAGAACGCAAAGAAAUCCAAUAACAAGAAUGAAGUACAUAAAGACCAAUUUGGUGGCUACCCUGGUGGUGGCGGCGGAUACCCUGGCGGCGGCGGCUACCCUGGUGGUGGUGGCGGAUACCCUGGUGGUGGAUACCCCGGUGGAGGAUACCCUGGUGGUGGUGGAUACCCUGGUGGUGGAUACCCCGGUGGUGGCGGCCGCCGUGGAUAUCCUGGAGGUAGAUACCCGGGUGGCGGUCGUCGUGGAUAUCCCGGAGGCAGAUACCCUGGUGGUCGCCGCGGUCGUGGUGGAUACCCUGGCGGUGGAUACCCUGGUGGUGGAGGAUACUGUCGCAAUGGUUGCUGCCAAGGCAACAACUAUGAGUGCUACCAGUGCUGUUAAUUAUGUGGAGCAAUAUAUAUGUAACUUUUGUACUGGCAAAUACUAUGUAAUACUAGUAAUUAGUACUCUUGUUGCUUUAAUUUCUAGAACGUAGCUUGUUGUAAGAAUUAUGUAAUAAAAAACCAUGAUAUAUGUAAUGUUUGUCAGUUGUACUAUGAUGUAUUUGAUAAUAUUUCACUGGUUCUUCUUA